AUGGAUAACAUUCUUGGUCUUCUCAAACUUCGUAUCAAAAGUGGAAUUAAUAUUGCAAUUCGUGAUGCUAAUUCGAGCGACCCUUAUGUUGUUGUGAACAUGGGUGAACAGAAGCUGAGGACUCGUGUAGUGAAAAACAAUUGCAACCCUGAGUGGAACGAAGAACUAACCCUUUCAAUAAGUGAUGUCCAAACUCCAAUACAUCUGACAGUUUUUGAUAAAGACACAUUCUCUCUCGAUGACAAAGUGGGUGAUGCAGAGAUAGACUUGAAGCCAUAUGCUCAAGCUGUACAAAUGAAGUUGGAUACUCUUCCUGAUGGUUGUGUAAUCAAGAGGGUUCAAGCGGAUAGGACUAAUUGCCUUGCUGAAGAGAGUAGUUGUAUUUUGAAAGAUGGGAAAAUAAUCCAAGAAAUGAUUCUAAGAUUGAGAAAUGUAGAGAGUGGGGAAUUGGUUGUGGAAAUUGAAUGGGUGGAUAUUCCAGGCUGUAGUGGUUUAAUAGGGGUACAACUUUAA